AUGGCUGGCCUUCCCUGCCUCCCGAAGAAACUGGCGCAGCCGCUGCGGAGCAUCCAGGUGGGUGAGAUCGUUGAGCUUUGCCUCAAGUUUGACGUGAACAAGCUCACCCCGCCGGCCUUUGCUCGCAUUGUUGAGGUCUAUUCCAUUGCCAAGGCCAAGCACUUGGCGCAGGAGAUUUGGGAGGCCAAGCACUUGCCCAAAGGGGCGCGCUCCAUGGAGAAGCUGACGACCCUCCCGGAGUCGAUUGCGGGCUCGGACUACAAGAAGAAGCAGUUCAAGGACAAGAACAGUCAUGUCUUCUGGGGCCGCCUGGAGUGUGGCCUGAUUUUGAGCUCGAUUUCCCCCUGGGAUGUGGUCACCAAGGAGAGUGGAGUCACCCGGGGCGGCUAUGUGUGCAAGCACUGCAAGGGCUUCUGGAAAUCCAAGAGGGGCUCCAGCCGCUUUGUCCAGAUCCAGGGCCGCCACAAGGGCAAGCGGGUGUCCCUCCAGCUGAUCCUGGAUGAGCCCACAUCGAGCCCCAGGCUCCCCUCCGAGACGAGUGUUUGGACAUUGACCCCAACACGGUCAGUCGGCUUCGCUUCAGCCGGGUCAACGGCAUGCAUGGAGCACAUUUCGGACCUCCUCUGGGGCAUCAUCUUUUCGAACCCGGAGGCAGAUGGACUGAAGCAGAUCCAUGACCUGGCCGCAAAGCGCCUCCAGGGCAGCCACCGCUGA